AACAAAAGCGACGCGGUCGCAUCUGUCCUAUCGCGAUAUCUUUCAUUGAAUGCGGGGAGAUAAUCUCGCGAGAGUUCAGGUUUGUGGUGGGCCUCUCUGGACGGUGUGCUUCAUGGCGGUAACGGACACUGCGAAGAGGUUGAAUUGAUAAAUCCCCAUCAGCGCUUCCCCCCGGGGGUUCCUGCCUGUCUGGUGGACCGACGUUAGAGAGCCGUAGGGAGGAGAAGCUCUGACAAUGGAGAAUGGACAGGGCACAGGCUCCAAGCUUGGCCUACCGCCUCUCACCCCAGAGCAACAGGAGGCACUUCAGAGGGCAAAGAAAUAUGCUAUGGAACAAAGCAUCAAGAGUGUCUUGGUGAAGCAGACCAUUGCCCAUCAGCAACAACAACUCACCAACCUGCAGAUGGCAGCAGUGACAAUGGGCUUUGGAGAUCCUCUCUCACCUUUACAAUCGGUGGCAGCUCAGCGGCAGCGUGCACUGGCGAUCAUGUGUCGGGUGUAUGUGGGCUCCAUAUACUACGAGCUCGGCGAGGAUACCAUCAGACAAGCCUUUGCCCCCUUCGGCCCAAUCAAGAGCAUUGACAUGUCUUGGGAUUCAGUUACAAUGAAACACAAGGGGUUUGCUUUUGUGGAGUAUGAUGUGCCAGAAGCUGCUCAGCUGGCCCUGGAGCAGAUGAACUCAGUCAUGUUGGGGGGGCGAAACAUUAAGGUUGGGCGGCCAAGUAACAUCGGUCAAGCGCAGCCCAUCAUUGACCAGCUGGCAGAAGAGGCUCGCGCUUAUAACCGGAUCUACGUAGCGUCUGUCCACCCUGACCUGUCAGACGAUGACAUCAAGAGUGUGUUUGAGGCCUUCGGGAGGAUAAAGUCUUGCACGUUAGCCAGAGACCCCACGUCAGGGCGACACAGAGGCUUUGGCUUCAUCGAGUAUGAAAAGCCUCAGUCAGCCCUGGAUGCUGUGUCUUCUAUGAACCUCUUUGACCUGGGGGGUCAGUACCUACGGGUUGGCAAAGCAGUGACUCCACCCAUGCCCUUACUGACCCCCACAACUCCAGGUGGGCUGCCGCCUGCUGCAGCUGUGGCUGCAGCGGCAGCCACCGCUAAAAUAACGGCCCAGGCAAGUAUGAAUCCCUUCCAAAGGGAUUUAAUGGCCUUUCAGGAGGCCGUAGCUGGCGCGUCAGUUUUGGGAGCAUUAGCUGCACCCCAACUUCUCGGUCAACAAAUGGGAAUACCUCAAGCCGUUAUGGCCGCUCAGGCGCCAGGGGUCAUUACAGGUGUGACUCCAGUGCGUCCUCCCAUACCAGUGAUUCCACAAGUUGGUCUUGUGAACCCAGUUCUUGCGUCUCCGCCAGUCCUGUCUAACCCAGCUGCUGGCUCGAACCAACAGGAGAAGAAAGAAGAGAAAGAGGAGCUGCUUCAGGAUGGUACAGGGCAGGAGAUGCUUAGUGAUCAAGAGCACAUGAGCAUCUCAGGCAGCAGUGCCAGACAUAUGGUUAUGCAGAAGUUGCUCAGAAAAUCAGAGUCCACAGUGAUGGUCCUUCGAAACAUGGUCGGACCCGAGGACAUCGAUGACGACCUGGAGGGAGAGGUGACGGAGGAGUGUGGGAAGUUUGGCACUGUCAACAGAGUCAUCAUCUACCAGGAGAAACAAGGAGAAGAGGAGGAUGCAGAUAUUAUUGUCAAAAUCUUUGUUGAAUUUUCCAUGGCGUCAGAGAUGAACAAAGCUAUCCAGGCUCUCAAUGACCGCUGGUUUGGAGGUCGUAAAGUUGUUGCAGAAGUGUAUGACCAAGAUCGUUUUAACAGCAGUGACCUUUCUGCAUAAAGUGUCUAAAACUGGUUCACCAGCACCCACACCCAAACCUAUUGCCCAAAGUCAUUUCAGCUAAAGUCACUCUAGCUAAAGAUGUGGGCGUCUGAUGUGUAAUUAUGGUUUUAUUUCCUUUUUUUUCUUUUCUUUUUUCUUUUUUUUUUUUUUUUAAUUGCUGUUGAUAUUAAUGUUGAAAGCUCCACUGGGAUGGAUUCAUUACAUUUUUGUGUCUUUUGUUUUGUAAUCUGUGAAGACUCCCUUCUGGUGCAUUUAACAUUUUUGUAAUCCGAUCUUGUAAAACGUUUAGUUUUUCCUGCUUUAGCUCCUUUUUAUUUUCUGUUAAAUUGCUGGGACAUGUAAACACUUUUUUGUUUCUACUAUUAAAGGUGGUUUGUCCACAAAAAUGUUGCUAAAUUUGAUUGAA